GAGUUUAAUUAAAACUAAUAUUUUAGUUCAUUUCCCAUAGUACCAAUCAUAAUACUCUAAGGAUUUGUCUCUGUAGAUCAGAUCAUAAUGAAGAAAACCUUGGAUCCACCUGCGGCCACGAUCCGAGGGGGGGAAAAUCAGGUGGUGAUUCCAAAGUGGACAUAUUUACCAACUUUCAUCUUUCAAUCUCGUUAUAAAGUGAGAUUGAUCAUGAGCUCUCAAGAUUUACAGGAAUCAACAAAGAGUACUAGAAUGUCGCUCAAAACACUACAACAUACUGCUAGUGAUCGUGAAAACUUAGUGGGUAGACCAACAAAAAAUUUGAAACACCAACUUAGUCAAGAAAAUGUAGCUGAUGUUGAAGUGAAAAGAAAGAAUUUGUCUACUAAGGAAACCCAAGCAAACCUUGACACUAACAUUACAGUUGAGGAUCUUACCAACCCGGAGGCUUCUGAGAAGUACUGGAAAAUAUUAGCUGAAAAAAGAAGGGUUGCUUUACAAGAGGCUUUAGAGGAGAAUGAAAAACUUCAUAAACUUAUUGCUGAACUGAAGAAAGAAAACCUCCAGACUAAACAAAUGCUGGAGGAAGCUAAUUCUUUCAUAGAAAUUGUGAAGGAAGAAUUAUCUAACACCAAUGACGACACUGGUAUUGAUGUGAAUGAUGUAAGCAAUCUUGAUGACACUGCCAACGAGGGAGACACUACAGCAGAUGAAUGAAAUUUAAUUAUAAAAUAAUUUUGAUGUUUAAUAUUUCAAAGAAACUAACUUUAGACUGAUUAAACUGUUAAUAUUAUUGAAGUUAACAGUAACUAAGACAAUAAUUACAUGAUAAAUAUUAAUUACUUGACAAUGCAAUGAGAAAGCGAUGCAAUGUGGUGUCAAUUUAAAGGAAUGUGUUUUUGUGUUAUAGGAUUAUUAAAAGUAUCCUAUGUUAGUUACUAUAAUAUAUAUACCUUACCUUUAGCUUUCAAUAUUUAAAAGUUUAAAAUGUGUAGUGUGUUAAUUCACCAAAGGUUCAUUUUCUUAAUUUUAUAUUUAAGUUAAUAGGUAAUUUCAAGUAAUUUGUUUGGUAAACUUAUUCUAAGAGUUCUUACAUUUAAUUUUCC